AUGGACCAGGUCAAGCAGAUCAUCGAUCGAAUAUCAGACACCGCCUAUGCGGUAUUAGCUCACCCACCUGUCUUCAUAACGCCAGAACUACUAGAAAAAUAUGUCGAUGUGCAAGCACGACUAGGAAAACCUGAAACGCUCCCUCAGGCGUUUCAACUAUAUGCGUCAAAGCCCAUGCCUCGUGAAGGAGCGGGGUCUAUUAGCUACGCAAAGCAGAAUCCCAACAAGGUGGCAAAUGCCGUUGAGCCUAACGUAAUCGAGAAGGCCCUGGACACUGCAAUUGAGGCUAGAAAUUUAGACGCGGCAGUUGGGAUUAUCGAGAACACCUAUGCCACGAAAGCUUUCAUCCGAAACAAGCUCUUACGCAAGGCCCUACUACCCGUGGGAACCUUUGCGGCAACACCAUUGGCGGCAUACGUGCUUGCGAUGAACUUCUCCGACCUUCAAAAUACCAUGGACAGCGCUACUGCGACUAAUGUUGCAUUCGCUGGUAUAUUGGCCUACGUAGGCUUUACAGCAUCGAUCGGCGUUGUAGCGCUAACUACUGCAAACGAUCAGAUGAAGCGAGUGACUUGGGCACCGGGAGUACCUUUACGGCUCCGGUGGAUAAGAGAAGAAGAGAGAGCUGCCCUGGAUAAGAUUGCUUGUGCGUGGGGAUUCCAAGAGAAAUGGCGCCAAGGCGAAGAGGAGGGAGCGGAUUGGGAUGCCCUGAGAGAGUAUAUCGGUCAGAAGGGAAUGGUCUUGGAUCGGACAGAACUAAUGGAAGGGAUGGACUUCUAG